CUUCCGGGUACUUUCAAUCUACGGGAUGGAUGACCGUUGAGUCUGCUGGUGGACGAGUGGCAGGCAACGGGGUUACACUGAAACUGUGAUUUCUGAAGUGGAUCGUUUCUUUUACUGUCCUUUCCUCUGUAGAGAUUGACGUGUAGACUGAGAGGGAAGGGAGGCUGGACAGCAAAAGUGAGAGUCCAGGUUAAAGCGGCCGAAAGGAUCCUCCCUCUCUCAGAGCAUGGACAUAAAAGCCGGCAGAGCUUACAGUCAGACACUCAGAAGGACUUGGAUCUCCCUUUGAAGACUGCUCAUCAUCUGUUCUCCUCUUGUCAGAAUUACCAACCUCCACCACUGCAAACAUGAUGUCCCGGAAGUCAUACUCAGUCUCUGGCUCUUCUACUGGCAGCUUAAGAAGUUCCUUUUCACCAAUCAGCUACUCUGUACAAAAAUCCAGUUAUGCUGUUGGUUCUGGUGCUGGCGCUGGUUUUGGUUCAGGUUUUGGAGGUGCAGGUGCAGGUGCAGGUUUAGGUAGUUCUGGCAUUUAUGGCAUUAGCUCUAGCCAAGCAGGAGGCAACUACAGCGCUCCACUGAUCACUGCUGUCCAGGUCAACAAGAGCCUGCUGGCCCCUCUGAACCUUAAUAUUGACCCCACAAUCCAAGCUGUCCGCACCCAUGAAAAGGAGCAGAUCAAGACCCUCAACAACCGCUUUGCUUCCUUCAUCGACAAGGUCCGGUUCCUGGAACAGCAGAACAAGAUGCUGGAGACCAAAUGGAGCCUCCUGCAGGACCAGACCACAGCCAGCUCCAACAUCGAUAGCAUGUACGAGGCUUACAUUACCAACCUGCGUAGACAGUUCGACGGACUGGGCAAUGAGAAAGUCAGGUUGGAGGGAGAGCUGAGGAACAUGCAGGGUCUGGUUGAGGACUUCAAGAAUAAGUAUGAAGAUGAAAUCAACAAACGUGCAAAUGCAGAGAACGAGUUUGUGGUCUUGAAGAAGGAUGUUGAUGGUGCCUACAUGAACACAGUGGAGCUGGAAGCCAAGGUUGAUGCUCUUCAGGACGAGAUCAACUUCCUCAGUGCCGUCUAUGAGGCUGAGCUUCGUGAGCUGCAGAGCCAGAUCAAGGACACCUCCGUCAUCGUGGAGAUGGACAACCGCCGUAACCUGGAUAUGGACUCCAUUGUGGCUGAAGUGCGUGCUCAGUAUGAGGACAUUGCCAACCGCGGCAAGGCUGAAGCAGAGGGCUGGUACAAACAGAAGUAUGAGGAGAUGCAGACCUCUGCCGGAGAGUAUGGUGACGACCUGCGCUCAACAAAGGCUGAGAUUUCUGAACUGAACCGCAUGAUUGCCCGUCUUCAGAAUGAGAUUGAGGCUGUCAAGGGACAGAGGGCCAGUCUUGAGUCUCAGAUCUUAGAGGCUGAGGAGCGUGGUGAGCUGGCAGUGAAAGAUGCCAAACUCCGCAUCAGAGACCUGGAGAAUGCUCUGCAGAGAGCCAAGCAGGACAUGGCCCGCCAGGUGCGUGAAUACCAGGAGCUGAUGAACGUCAAGCUGGCCCUGGACAUCGAAAUAGCCACCUACAGGAAACUGCUUGAAGGAGAGGAGGACAGCGGAGGAGCAAGUGCAACCAUCCAUGUGCAGCAGUCCUCUGGUGGAUUGUCCAGUGCCAACUCAGGUUACGGUGGCGGCUACGGUGGUGGCUUCAGCAGCAGCAGUGGUUAUGGCAGUGGCUCGAUGAAAAAGUCCUCAGUCGCUACAACCAAUUCCACGAGACUUAUUUAAAAAAGAAGAGCUGUUUGCAAACAUCAGAAACUAAUUAAUUUGAUCAAAUUCUUUAGCUAUUUAUGGUGCGAUACAAUGUUGUUUGGCAUGUUGAAUCUUUUGUCUCACACGGGUACCUACUUUGUUGAAACUAUACUUAUUUAGUAAAAGCCUCCCUUCCAACUUGACUGGUGAAUGUUUGUACAAAUGGCAUCAAAUUUA